UUUCUCUCCUUUCAUAUAUAUCUGAAAUGGCUUGUCUUGUAGUACUUCAAUUGUGCGAAAACAAUGGUGCUAAGAUUGCCAUGUGGUGAUACUCACUCCCGGUAUUCAAUUAUAUGAGUGUGAUUCCAUAGGCUCCGGCUUUUCCUGAUACUCAAACACAAGAAAGGAAAAUAUAAAAUCAGACAAAAGAGGACAAGCUAUUUAUUGAUGGUGUGAAGAGCAAAAGCCAAACACAGCGAGCGAGAGAGAAAGAGAGAGAGAGAGAGAGAAAGAGAGAGAGAUACACACAAACAAGCUGCUAUAUCAGAAAAGCUGAGUGAGAGGUACGUAAACGUUAAGAGAAAGCUAAGUUAAGUUAGCCAUGGAGUCUCCAAGAAUCCAUGGAGGUGCUGAGGAGAAGAGUAGCUGUGAAUCAGGAUGGACUAUGUACAUAGAAGACACCUUCCAUGGAAACCAUCACUCUGAAGUUGUCUAUGAUGAUGAUGAUGAUGAUGAUGAUUUCCAUGUUAAAGAGGUUGAAGAUGAUGAUGAUGAUGAUGAUGAUGGUGAUGAUAGUAGAAACAAUGAGAGCGAUGACUCAAUGACUUCUGAUGCAUCCUCAUGGCCUAGCACUCAUCAGCCUCCAAGAAACACCAAGAAUCAUGUAGCUGCAAAGAAUAGUAAUACCAAACAAGUCAACCAUCAGACAGAGAACAACAGAGUUCGUUCCAGAUUCAGCGACCAAGGAGAGGAAUCUGAGCUCAAUGCUAGAACAAGAACAACUCAAGCUAGUCGUGUUAAAAGUAGAAGCAAGGUGAGCAAAACCAAAUAAGUCAAUCUCUCAUACUGGUUUUUUUUUUUUUUUGUAAUUUCUUUAAGCUAUCUCCAAUGUUCUCUUCUGCUAAAAACUUAUGCAGUUGAUACGCAAUUCAGACUAUUAUGUAGUUGUCUCUACCCUCUUCA